AUGGCAGGUUAUGACAACCCAGUAGACUGGUUGUCCUCUCUACCAGACGAUCAUGCUGUAGACUGGGUGAUAGGACAUGGGGCCGUUCUCGGUCGGCAAGUGCAGAUUAUAAAACGACAUCAUCAUUGUAAGUGGAUUCAGGUCGUUCACACAGCUCCUGAAGAGCUUGGUGUGUACAAGUCCUAUUCAGAUGCCAUUUCAAGGGGCGAGAAAAAGCACCAGGCUGAGGUAAAACUCUGUGAGAAAGCUGAUCAAGUUGUAGCAGUUGGUCCCAAGCUGGCUGAAGCUUUUUCAGGUUAUCUCCGUGGCUGUAAAAAGGAUCGAGAUGUUCUCAAUCUUACCCCGGGCAUCUUUUCAGAAUUUUCUGAUGUCAAGCAAGCCACUGAAGAAAGAAGAACAUUCAGUGUCUUGGUGUUCGGACGUGGUGACAAUGAAGACUUUCAGUUGAAAGGAUAUGACGUCGCUGCUCGCGCUAUUGCUGAGUUGAAAGACGAACUUCAGCCCUAUAAGCUCUUGUUUGUUGGAGCUCCAAGUGGCGAAGAGGAGAAAGUAAAAGAUUUGUUACUCCAGCAAGGCAUUGAUCGCAGUCAGCUAACUGUGCGUUGUUUUAAUGAAUGCAGAGAGCAGUUAGCCCGCUUGUUUUGUGAAGCAGAUCUUGCUAUAAUGCCAUCCCGAACCGAGGGCUUCGGUCUUGGUGCCCUUGAGGCUUUAUCUGCUGGUCUGCCUGUGCUGGUCAGUGGGAACUCUGGUCUUGGUGAGGCUUUGAGGAAAGUUUCGUAUGGUGCAUACUCUGUCGUGGAGUCAGAAGAUCCUAAAGAUUGGGCUAAUGCUAUCAGAGGUGCCCGUCAAAAAGACAGGAAUAUCCGUCUUCAUGAAUCUAAAAUCCUAAGUGAAAUCUAUGCAACAGUGUACAACUGGCAGGAUCUCUGUAGUAGACUGGUUGAAAUAAUGCGCAACAUCUCUGGAGGUAAAGAGAUUAUACUGUGUUUUAGUAAGGCCUGUCUGUUUUUAUACACAUGUAUUAACAGAACUAGGGGUGACACAAGUGGCUGUAUUGUAGUAAGAAAAAAGAAGAAACAUGCCAUACACACAGUUAUAUCUGGGGACAUGUUUAACUUUGUGCAUCAAAACAGAGUAAUCUCCGUCUUUGAUUGACUAAACAACUGAUUUCAAAUUUCGUUGCACAUGAAGUUUCACAGAGCCCUUGUAACAGUCUGCCCCAUGCACCUGCUUAGGUCGUGCUGCAUAACUGAAGUGUAUUUUUAAAUGCCUUUCAGUUUAAGCAAAAGCAGUGACGUGUAAUUUUUUUCCGGCACAAGUGGCCUGCCAUGGGUUUUACCGUAGUGAUAAGAAUGCUGUUAGCCUAAACUUUGAAACAGAUCAAAUACAGCUACAUGUAUGUUCUGAAGGAGGACUUCAAAAUUUAUGUGAUUGGUGCUUCAGCUUUUCUUAAAUGUAUUGUAGACAUUUUCACAUUUUGAUUUAUAAAAAAAGGAAGAAAGUGUACACCACGUAAUUCUAUUAGCUAAAACUUUUUUUUCUUUAGAAUGUAAGAACCUAUUUAAGAUAGCAAAACGUUCUUAUAAUUUCCAUUUACGUAUGAAACGUUUUAGGCUAAUUUGGGAAAAUGUAGGUCCUUGUUUACAUGAGAGAAAAAGUUUGUAAAUGCAGUUUUGCAUGCUUGUGUGAAACUACUCUUUCCAAGAUAUUGCAUUGUUAGUACUUUGCUAGACCGUGUUAGGAAGAACGACAGCAGUUGGUAUUACUUCUAAUCAACAAGUUUGUCUUAGCAUGGCGAAUGGUUUAAAAGGCUCCUCAUUCUAAAAAGUCAGCUUAUGAUGUACAAUUAAAAAUUGUACAAUUAACAAAUCGAGGACAAUUUUCCAUGGUUUGUCCUCUUAUAGACCAAAGAUCGACAUAAAAGUGAUGUCAAAAUGUUCAAACCUUAUGUUCGGCGUGUGGUUUUACUGCAACGUUAUGAACAUUUUGACGUCAUUUCUUUGCUUUAUAACAGUACAGACCAUGGAAAAUGGUUUUCGAUUUGUUUUUUACAAUAGCAUGAACAGUUUCAGGCGUCAUUACCGUUUACGUUUCUCGAAAAAUCGCGCGAGAGAAAAAGAAAAACCGAUUUGGCCACCAUCAUGUUAUAUCCGUGAUCUAUACUCUCAUCGACUCUAGCUCUUGACCAGUAGGUGGAAUCGCUCAGUUAUUGUCGAAAGGGCGUUUACUCAAUGGAAAAAAAACUGAACAAAAUGAAAUAAUACAAUUUCAGACUCAUCAGAGGGAGUUCAACCUGUGAAAAAAGGUAAAAGGCCAUUACCUCCCAGUGGUGUCCCAGAUCCAAAGCACCCAAGACUGCCAAGAGAUGAAGGUAAAGCUUGCGUUUGCUACCUGUAUAGCUUGAGUCAUUUAAGCUUGACCAAAACGUUGAGCUGUUUGCCGACCCUGAGUUUUAUGCUUUCUCGAUUGGAGGCUUACAAAACCGAGAAAGGCAAAUUUUACAAAGUCACGCCAAAACCAUCAGCCUAUAGAUCGCAGAACGUGUUUACACGAACAUUUCACGAUGGACCAAAUCUUGCUAUAUAUAUUACGAAUAUCUAACUACUUGGUCAACUUAUUACGUUAAAUACAAGAAUUAAGAAACAGUAAGAAAGCCUGCUUUACAAGGAAGCUGUGUAUAAAACAUAGUAAAAAAGAUUAUAAAGUAUCACUGUCAACUUUGAAAGUUUUAACUUAGAUUUGAAUUCAUCAAGUCAUUGAUCGCGUUUUCUGAUCUCCAGAGGAAAGCUGUCCCACAGCACCGGUCGACUGUAGGAAAGACUGCGUUAGCAAUAAUCAGAGCGUGGCUGAGGAAGGGCAAGCCCAUGGUCACUCUGUCUCAAGUGGUAAGUUAGAGAAACAGGAAGACGUACAAAACGCCAAACUCAGAUAUGCAGGAACCGUGUCAUUCACAAUAUACAGUACAUCAAAAUUACUUUACUGACCAAGCGCUGGUAGUCAAGUUUCGGCCAAUUUAACUUCUGAAAAAGUCAGUAGUGCAAUAAUAGUACAAAACUGCAGAAUCACUGAUGUGGCACGCGUUUUAACUUUUUCUAAUUAUUAGAAAAAGUUAAAACGCGUGCCGCAUCAGUGAUUCUGCAAUUUUGAAGAAAGGCUCGUAAGGCCUGUGGAGGUGGGGGACCCCAGAUAGGUGAGGUAACAUUUGGCGGGUCACUCCACCUAUCAUGCAAACGUGAUUAAAUUAAAAUGAGAGAUUAUAUGUACAGGCGGGUUACCCCACCUAAGCGGGUUACUUCACCUACCUGGGGUCCCCCAGGUGCUAAGAAAAGAUACCUCAUAUCACGGAAAAGUAAUCAAAAUUGGACUGUUGUAAUGAAUUGUCCAAGGUGCCGUGAGUUGGAUCUUGAGAGAGAGAAAAUGCCUAAUACGUUUGAGAAACGAUUAAUUUUGGCAUUGAGCUCGUUUGAUAGCUUGACAAUUGUUGCCUAGAAGAACCAAACAGAAAUUCAGUCGGUCAUAUUCAAUAUUGGUUUGCUCGCUACAAGCCACUAACGAAUUCUCUCAAGAACUCUAGCUAAUACAAAAAGAAUAUUCUAAAAACUAAGACUUCUAAAGAAUAUGUUAAAAAAGUUAAGAAACAGCUAAGCUGAGGGUGUGUUCAAAACAAAGACUAAUAACCUAAAAAUUAAAACUAAUAUACUUAGAAAGUGAAACUAGUUUACUCAAUACGUACACUCAAUAAAUUAAUCAAAAAGAAAAGUUUUAAAAUUCCUCUUAAACUGGAACUCUGAAGCUGUGCUCGAAUGUUGCAUAUUAAAAGGAAAAAGUUCCAAAUCUUCGGGACCCAGAUAUUGAGGGCAGAACCCAUUUUUAUACGAGUUUCAUGCACAAAAAGAAGCUUAAACACAAUCCGAUACGAGACCAGCAACCAAUGGAGUUCUGUUCUAAUAGUGUGGGGGGGUGAUGUGCUCAUAUUUCGUCUUGCCAGUGAGAAAACUAGCAGCAGUGUCCUGAAUUAAGUAGAUAGGUUUAUUAAAAUAAUGAAAUUACAGCUGCAGGCUGAAUUGCUUAAUUAUUUACCCUACUGUAAAAGGUAUAAACAUUUUGGUAAAGGACUAAUUACAAUUUUGUUGAUUAGGAAUAAUGAUAGUAAAAAACUGAAAAAGAAAAGAAAAAUAACGUGUCUGACUCAUUAAACUUCAUCAAAACAUUUAGCUGUUUGCCUGAGUUUUAUGCUUUCUCGACUGGAGGCUUACAAAACAGAGAAAGGAAAAUUUAUCAAAAUCACGCCAAAACCGUCAGCUUAUGGAUCGCAGAACGUGUUCACACGAACAGUUUGUCAAUAAAUUGUAAAAUUCAGGACGAAAUUGAUAAGUUACCAGAGUGAAAACAGUUCUUACAGGUUUUAUUGAACUUUUUGAAGCUUUCUGGGUGGAUGAAAGUCCCAAGGUAUUUAUUAGAAAAGUAUACUAAAGCGCGAAGUGAGCGAGGAGCGUCAGACAUGUAAAAGUUCAGUUUAAAACACGGUACUGAUCCAGAAAAGGAGUCCAACGUUUUGUCGAGUUAUUUAACAAAAAUAUACUAAAAAAAUUAAGGGCGGCUCUGACAGGCAAAUUACUUUAAACGUGUUUUAUUAUAUCUAAUCACUUCAAUUUUUUCACGAAAAAAAAGGCACAUUUUGUUAAAAUAAAAGCAACCCAGAAAUGAUUGGUACAUAACGUAGUUAUCUCCGCACACUUGGCUGUUUCACUAGUUAUAAAGCACAAUAAACACUGGUAAUAUCGUGAUGAGGGACCAUUAGAAGUUGGGGGAAGAAGUCUAAUACCCCUCCCAAACAAAAAUUCAAUGACCACCAGUGCAAUGACUCCCCCUUAAAUGUUUCAACCAGUGAUUGACAAGCUAGUAGGGAAUGUGGAUAAACGAGAUAAAGGUCUCUUGUCAUUCAUAAGUCAUAGGCGCGUUUAUUAUUGUAUUUUCAGUGUACUUUUCCAAAAUACCUCGACCAAAGGUUGGACUAAGGUUGGACUCUUUUUUCUGGAGUACCGUUAUUACAAUAAAAACUGACCUUUUGUGCCUCCGACGCUCCUCGCUCGCUUAAAAAGCGCCAAAAAAAAAAAAACAUAAAAAAAUCGAUCCUCGACAUGUUACUCUCUACCAUCAACACCUCGACCAAACGUCGGACUCGCAAAGAAUUAUCCAAAUUUAUCACAUCGCUUCAAUAUUUACUCAAGUUUGCGCCUUCGUUAGGCAACUUGAAAUAUUUCAGUGGACGAGAAAAUCGGGCAUUUUAUAGUACACUGAUCAAUUGCAGCACUGAAACUUUUUCAAGAAAAUCUAUCGUUGAAUUUUGGUUUGAUCACUGUUUUCCUGGAAGUAGUCUUAACAAUUACAAAAAAAGCUCAGCACUGCGUUUUACCCCAAUUCACAUGUUUUCGAAAUCGCGCACUUAGUCUUCUUGUGUUUCUUCUUAGUCGAUUGUAGAGUGUAUGAGGGUCAUUUGCAAAACGAAUGAGCGAUAAAUCCUUUCCAGAAACAUGCAUAAAGUAGCAAAUUUGUUUGUAUAAAGUCCAGUCCGCAGUUCAUGCUCAAUUUAUAUCCUUCGUUUAGAAAUUCCAAGGUAUCUCGAAAUUCGUCGCAUAGAUUUCUGUGAAACUUCGCAUAACGGAAGCGGCGCAACCUUACGAAACCUUACAAAACUACGGCGGCGACGGCAACGGGAACGUCUAAAACACAAUAGGUUUUAUGAGCAAAACAACCACGUUAACUCUGCCCGUGCAUCAUGCUUUUUUGUAAAUUUCUUUUCCGUUCCUGAACAACUACAACGUGAAAUGACCAAAUGUUGAGUUGACUUGAGAACGGGAACGGCAAGGCGGCAAGUUUUUUUUUGAUCUCUCUCUCUCUCUGAACUCGGACGCGGUCCCCUCUCUUCAGCUCCAACCUAAUUUCCCUAAUUUCAAGUAACUGGGUUACUUGGUAUAACCGCGAGAAAGUUUCGACGGACGCGGCGUCGCCGCUGUCAGAUAGUAGGGAGCUUUAGCAGCGACGACGGCGACGGCAACCAGGACGUCAAAAAAGCAAUAGGUUUAUUACGCAAAACAACAACUUUGCACGUGCAUCACGCUUUUUGUACAUUUCUUUACCGUCCUUGCACGACUCGACGUGAAAAUGCCUAAUUGCAAGUUUUAUGGAGGACGUAAACAAGCGACGACGAAUCGCUUUUUCUCUCUCUAAACUUGAGUGCGGUCCUCAAGAAAUCAACUCCAGGGAAAUUCGCCUACACUUGCCAUUUUCAGCAAAUUGGAAUAAACGCUACAAAGAUUGAAAAAAUGGGAAUUCAUUUUAAAACUGACGUUGUCGCUGCCGUUGCCGUCGUCGAUGCUAAAGCUCCCUAGUAAGGUCCCUAGCAUGGUCGGCGCUCGACCAAUCGACGACUAACAACGGCAAAUAGUCGGUCGAAUGUCGACCGAAGCAUAGCUGAAGCAUAUAAAAAGUAGAAAUUCCUCAGUAGUGAAAGCAAAUUGCCUUAGUGAGAUAAGGUCAAGACAUCGUUCGGAGUAACAGUGAACAUGAUUCAGCAAAUACUUGAACUUGUACUUGUCUUUUUCUUUGUUUGUUUUUAAUUUGACGGUGUUGAUAGGUCUCUACGUGCUUAAGUUAAUUUUUUGCUGGCGUCGCUCGUAACAAAGGCUUGUCUAUCUUCACAAUAAGUCUCUGAUCGUGCAACUUCGUGUGCAUUUGAGUUCGCUAGGCCAACUAACUAAUUGCACCAUUUUCAUCCCUCUGUGCCCUUUUUUGUAAGACUUAUUGCGACUAUCAGAACUGCAGGUGUAUUAAAUCUCUCAAACUUCUUUUCCGAUUAAUGAUGUAGAAUCACUCCGGCACUAGACUUUCCUGUCCUUUUCUACGGCUUCACAAACUUUUUUGUCCUUCUCGAUCGUCAAUUGUUGGAAACAUCUCCUUUUAUUUUGAAAUGGAUUUUCUUACUUUGACACACAGAACUCUAAAAGGUUUAAAUGUUUAUAUCUUUUUACUCUGGCGCCACAAAAUGCUUUAUCACCUGAGUCACACAAGCGCCAUGCUCAGUAAACUGAACUAAAUUUAUUUAUGUGGAAAAGCUGUAGCUUUUUUCAGAUAAUCACGUUGGUUACUUAUCUUACGCUUAUUUAUGCCAAUCUGCUCUGCUUUCAACUAUGAAAACAAUAAGAACAAGCUAAAGUGAAAUAUUUUUGCAUACGUUUCAGCAGAAAAUCUUGACAUUCACGUUGACGCCGUUGAACAAGGAGGAGCAUCACCAUCCCAAAAUGUUAGUGGGAAGGAAAAUGUCGUGGAUAGAAGAGGUCCUUCUUCACAAGAGGUUCUGAAUCUUAUUGCAGAUAAGUUUAUUCAGAAAAUUGACCCCUCAGAUGAAGAGGGGUUUUAUGGUUUUCUUCAGUAUAUGGAAAAAGUGCGCCAAACAAUAGUGGUUGAUGUCAAGACGGGAAGCUUGAUAAUAACAGUGCGGUGUACCUCACUUCGUAUUCUGGAGGAUCUUUGGAGAGACUAUUGCACGGGCCAUCUACAAGAAGUGGCGCAGAGGUACCUUGUGACAGAGGACAUUCUACAACAGUUGGGCCUUGAUUCAGUGCAACUAACGUUGACUAUUAGUGAAGAGGAGUACAGAGCUUACCGAAAUAACUUUUUGAAAAAUGAAGGUAUGAACAAAAAAAAAACACUUUCCAUUUGCCGUAAACAUGAUUCUUAAUCUCUCCAUUCGUACCUGGAAAAAAUCUUUUAAUGCCUUUUAUGCAAUCCGCCUACUGUAAACAUCACUCCACCGAGACUGCCCUUUUUUCGCCUGAGGACUACAUGUAUUCAUCGUCGGCAAGAUGUUUUUUUGGUAAUACCUUGAUCUGUGAGUCGCACUUUUUGAUACCCGAGACCAUACUGUACUGGUUUUUAAUUACUUCGGUUUUCCACACAGUGCUAACAUGGUUUUCGUCUUACCAUUUGCACACAUUCUGUUAUCAUAGCAAUCGGAGGUUAGCGUUUGGAGUCUCGCAAGGGUCGUUACCAGGAUCUCUCUUGUUUACCCUUUAUAUAGCACCUUUUCAAGCCAUAAUCUCUGCUCAUAACCCGCCUAGACUGUACUAUCUAUGCACAGGAUUCUCAACUAUACGUUACUGUUGAUCCUUUUGAUCAACGUCCUACCCUGAACACCAUUCAUAAGUGCAUCUGUGAAGUUAUAAAAUGGAAGAGCAACUAUAAGUGCAGUCCUUGUAAAACAGAGGUCAUUCAGUUUAGUUCUGGUUCUUCAAGAACCCAGUUUUUUAGUGUUUUUUCUAUUGGCAACGCUCUAGUACAACCAUCAGGCUUAGUUUAUACACUUUGUGUCAACCUAUAUAGAGAGCUCAAUGCUAUACAUGCUAUGCUGGCAGUUCGAUUUAUUGGCAGAUGGAGGAAGUUUGGCUGGGCUAGGAUCACCUUAAGAUGAUGGUCAAUGCUUUCGUCAUGUCACACUUUGAUUACGUAACAGUUUAUAAAGCUGUGGCCUACCCAAGCGAGAAAUAGAACUGUGCCGCACGCUUAGUUUCGGAAAAAAGAAGAUCCGACCAUAUAACUCCCGUCAUAAAAGACUUGCACUGACUUACUGUUGGCUCACGCAUUUUUUAACAUUUAAAAUUUUAAAUGAUUUAGCUCCUUGGUAUUUGUCCUCACUCCUCGUAAAAUAUAAACUGGCUCGUUUACCCCUUUACGUCUCCUAUACUUUUGGUCAAAUUUCCAGCAAUCUCACGGUAAGCCUGCUGUGUGAUCGUUGCAUGUGCACGAGAAAGACGCUAGCAGUCAUCUUUGCACUGCUUCUUUAUCCAGGCUAAAGGCGAUAAUGCCAACUUUGGACUUGGUGUCUCGAUUGUUUGGUUUAAAAAUCCAAAUCCAUACUAGGAGGUUCUCUGCACUGCAAACUCGUCAUCUAGCAAUAUGUGUUAGAAUAGUUAAUUAAAGUGGAAUGGUUGGGAAACCCUUUGUUAUAGGUUUUUGUUAGCUUUUUCGGACCUGACCGUGCACAACGUUCAAUAGCAUUCCAAUCAUUUUGAACUUACUGACCAAUAGAAACAUUGCAUUAAUUUAUUCAGUCACAAUUUGUGAACAAAACACAUGAUUGUUCACGGUCAGUGAGCUUCCAACAUAACCUACAGCACCACGACGCAAUCACUGGUAAUUCCCCGCCAAAUGACGUCUGAGAAACGAGCGCAGAAAUUCCAUACUGAUGACGCGUCACUACCCAGAUCUGGCGUCAUCAGUAUGGAAUUUCUGGGCUCGUUUCUCAGACGUCAUUUGGCGGGGAAACCAGUGGUAGUGUCGCCAAAUGACGGCUGUGUUCUCAGGUUAGUCUGCUCGCAGCUUACACUAGAUUGACCCUGUUUCCUGUUUCCUAAUGCUCUUUCCAUUAUCGUGCACAUGGUGAGGGUGCAAGUCCUUAGGGGUAGAAGGAAAAUUACCUUUGGCUAGAUAAUUGCUUCUUUCUCCUGUGUUUUACGCUCAUCUCUCAGCUGCACUAAAACUACGAGUCUUCUUAUUGUUUUUCAGGAAUUGUUGAACCAGUUGCAAGCACCUCCCUUCCUGAUGACCUUCCAUUACAUGCCAUCAAAACUGAGGGCGAACAGACCUUACCUAGUGAUGCUGCGCCGACAAAAUUUUCUCAGGUAGAUAUAAAAGAAAUAUGUGAAAAAGUCAUUAUGAGCUGGGCAUCUUGAAAGUUAUAUGAAUGUUUUGUAAAACUAUAACAAAUAGUACACUUCUUAGUUCGGUUGUUUUUUUCUUAUCGUUUGUCUUUGUUCUUGAUCGGGGCGUGAAGACCUCUUAGUGGCACCCUGGUUGUUAGUGACUGUUGCAUUUCUAAUCUCACUCAUAGUUGAUGGAUUUUGAUCCUUAGCAUUGUUAGUGUUAGAAUCUGUUCCUGCAGCGAACGCUGUGCUGCAAUCACGCCUCUGCAUUCUUUGUUGAUGUUGGUAGAGUGAAGUCGAUCUUACGUGGCACCCUAGUCUGUUUUACCCUACGAGAGUGACAAUGAGGAUGUCUUCCAAUAAGCUCAGCCGUGUCGGCUUAAAGAGGAUAGUGGCUGUAUUUAUGUGCGUGAUCCACAAACGAGUUUGUAAAAGCCAUAUGUCUAUUUCAUGCUGUGACCCUAUUGGCUGGAUUGAUGUGACUUCAGUCAUAGCGCGCUGUUUUGAAAGAACUGUAUAUCAUCACUACAGUAAGAAAGUCUUUUAGGAAAAUCUGACGGACACCAAAUUUUCGUAUAGGGAUGGCUGUAGUUGCGCGGACGCGUUAAUUCAAAUACAGUAUAACUAAUUAAAGGCACUUGAUGACAAGGAUUGUUACUGUGUCAGCUUUUUGCAAUGAAUUUUUCAAAAGCCUUUGAUGAUGAGCAACACUCAUUAGUUGGGGAAAAGCUAAAGGCUCUUCCUUUUAAUCGAUAUGUUGUGAAAUGGUAGUAAGCUUUCCAAUGGAUAGGAAACAGCGACUAAUAUCUAAGAGCAUUACCUAUAAAUCGCAUAGUGUAAACAAAGGAACCGCCCAGGGUAGUGUUAGUGGACCCCACCUUUUUAAUUUGUUUUUUCAUGAUGACAAUAACCUUACUAGCAUAGUCAAAUAUGCUGAUGACACUACCCUGUACAUCAAAGUAUGUAAGAAUGAAAUAAAUCUUUCUCGUGAGGUUGUCAAUCAGUUUUUCAGUUGGACGCAAAAUAAUGCCAUGGCAUGUAAUGUUAAAAAAAUGUAUCAAAUUGACACUUUGUAAGAAGGAAGCCCAUGAUACAGACCAUGUUAACAAUAUAACGCAAGUUUCUUCUUUAAAUCUGUUAAGAGUUACGUUACAAAGUAAUCACAGAUUUAAUGCGGACAUUAAGGUUAAGUUGCAGUAAGUCAAUAAGUACCUUGAUGUGCCUUAUGUGCAGUGAUGAGGUGUUUGUUUCAAUAGUUCUACCGUAGCUAACUCAUUGUCUUACCAUAUACACCUCCUCAACACCUGAAUUAAGUACGGUCAUGAAUUUUCUACAGCGUCGCUGCUUUAAACGCAAAUACAUAUCUCAUCAAAUUAACAUAUGACUUCUUAGAAGAAACAGAUCGCGCGCUAUUUAAGAAGAUCUCCAGCGCGCAUGCCCAGCCACCCUUUGUAUCCUUCCCUCCCCAAAACAAAAGAAAGUUCUGUGCGCCUCCAAGUUCCUAGCAGCCAACUGCCUUGAGUCAAUACUCAGCGUUUUGAAAAUAGUGUUAUUUAAUGGCCUUGUUUAAAAUAUAAAGUAGCAAUUUAAUAUAAAAUGGUUUUAAUGUUUUUUAUAGUUUAUACGGAAUUUAAAGCUCUUUAUCUCUUUUAGCUUUUUAAUACGCCACUUCCGAGUUCCAAAAACCCUCAAUUUCAAAACCAGUCCAAGUGCACAACCUCGCUUGUGAAAAUGAGUUUUAUUGCUGCGGAGCGACCGUAGGGAGCGAGCAGCAACAUAAUCAGGAUUUAAGGGAAAUAUAUAAGGUGGGACGAAUUCUCGAAUUCAUCAUUUUUUACCAGAAUGCAUUGCAUUUAACCAGAGUACACUGCGCUCCCUUUUACCAGAAUGCAUUGAGCCAAGAACUACUCAAAUAAAAACACGAGGAAGUUCGGUGGGUAAGAGCCUGCAUCGUUCGCUGUUUUCUUUGUGGCAAAUUUUCUACUGCGCGGUUAGAGGUCUUACCAAAUUUAAGACACGCAGGAGUCUUUCAGAUGAGUACGAUGGUAAACUUGGGGAUUGGAUUUCAAUCCAUGAGCCUUUGACUCGUCCAGGCGUUAAACUUGACGAGAAGAUGAGGACCGCUUAGGUAGAUUUUUUGACAUUUAUUGUGCAGUCGUACUUCAAUACAGUAACUCUUUUGGGUUACGUGUUAUCAGUGACAUUCUGUGGAGCAGUUGUUUUGAAAGUUAUGUACCAAAAGACACUCGCGGCCCCUGUUCAAGCAAAUCGAGAUUUUUUCUGGCAUACCGACUGUAUAUUUCAACUGUAAGUACUUUCCUUAAUAUACGCGCGAGUUACUAAAGUGCCUCCUCGGGAUUUCGCCUUCUGGGCGAAAUCCCUGAGGGCGCAAUAAACACUUGGAGAGUUUGCCAGACACGAGGUUCACAAAUAUUUGAUUGGAAACCUUGCCAGACACUUCUUCUCUCUCUUUGACCUGAAUAAGACUCAGCCCCAAACAAGCAAGACGAGUGAAUCAACGGCUAGCUUAUCACUAGUAGAACGAUGGACGAUUACAGAAAUUCGCCGACAAUCAAAUUCUGUGCUGAGUUAUUCCCUGCUCACAGAUGUCCUUCUGCUAUAAAGUUUCAAAUAAGACUAGAAUGCGCGAGCGUGAAAUGAUCAAACGUCCUUUUAAUUUCUAAGGCUUACUUUCCGGCAAAUAAAAUGAACUGAAUGUAAAAAGUGAAAGAGAAAUACAGAAAAAUUCAACUUCUAAUUAAAUCUUGUCUUAUGGUUUAGAAUAAACUAUUCUCGAAACUGAUUUGUUUUGAUCAAAGCUGCGUAAAUCGAACUGAAACUGUGCAUGGAACCUUGCGUUCAUUUCCUGUUUUUAGCUCACCUGUUGUAUGGAAUAUGUGUGAAAAUCUUCAUUAUAAAUCGGUAUACUUCAAAGAGCUACACAAAGAGGAAGAAUACUAUUGACCGACAAUAUACAGAGCGGGAGUAGCUAUAGUGUCAACUAUUACUAGUUUUAAUAUAGAGGCCCGGGGCAACUAGCAAAUGGCCUAUUGCUAAUUGCUUUUAACUGUAAUUGUUGUUAGUUUUUAGCACGUUUAAUAAUUUUGUUUAAAACAUAAAAGAUCUAUUAUUAUUAUUAUUAUUAUUAUUACUAUUAUUUAAAAUACGCAACAUUGUGCUCUCGUCUGAAGAAAAGGUGAUUUCAAGCAAAACUAGGUGUCUCCUAUCAGAAAGAGAAUUCAGUCCGUUGAACGUUACGCUGUCAUUUGAACAACCUCAAGAGUGAACAGCUGCGUCAGUCCAGCACUGUGUUUUCCUUAAUCUCGGAUUUUUGAAUAUUGACUAUUUUGGUUUUGAAAGUAUUUUCCAGACAUGCAUGUUUCGAAGGUACAUGUGUUUUACCUUUGGAUUGAGGUCGGCCCACCCUUAACCAAUAUUCUCCCUGCAUAAUUAAUUAGCUCACCGCAGUAAUUUUAUAUAAUCUCUGCUUAUUCUGUCGAAAACGUGCAUGCUUGUAUCGGUUGUAAUGCAUUGCGCCCUUCGACUAUAAAUUUGGCCGUGGUGCCUUAAAAACGUGGUCAUUUUAAUGAUCGGUACCCCGGGACCACGGUCAAUUUUCGCUACCUGCCUUCGUCCCCUGGUGGCGGUGGCAACUUUUGCUUUUUGCUUAUUGGCUCAGCAGUCGCGGACUUUUUCCCAUAACUUAAUAUUACGCGGUGAGGUUAUGAGUAUGCAGUGAAGAUAUAGUACCAGGUUAACUCUCUCCAUGUACGUCCCAUGACGUUUGACUAGUUUCAAUGCCUCAUUAUUCCGGGCAGCCAAUGCAUUUCGGGUCACGUGUUCCAAGCGAAAAAGUGAGACCGUUUCCCGCCAGUUCGUCUUGGAUACGUCACCAAAGUGAAUUGACCGAGAAGGCCUUGGAAAACGCCGUACAGGGACUAGGCAACCUUGACGUCACUUAUUAAAACUUUAAAGUACGCAAUCUUGUUAACGCACUGUUAAGAGGCUGUCCGCGUAAGAACCGAUAAGGCAAAUUUCGGUCCAUCACGGAUUUUCCUGAUUUUUUUAGUGGAAGAUAACUAUCCUAUCACAUGAAGAAAUAUCACAUUUAUUUGGACCAACUCAAGUUUUUCUCUAUUUUAGAGGAAGAUUUUCUCGGUCACCUAAAACUAGCCAGUUUGCCGUCGGACGUGGUGCGAUUUUGGUGAAACUUUAGGGCUCUGUCAAACCUACCUUACAUAGCCGAAUAAACUGAUUAUUUUACACACAAAAGUUUUAACUCUGAUUAAUAGUUUCAAGGUUUAAUGGUUGCAUUCUGUGGAAAGUUGGCUGAGAUAUGAUUUUUUUAAAAUGACCUUUAAUUUGCUCCGCAGGAAAAGUAAUUUGCAUAACUAGAGCUGAACGGUAAUUUCGUAAAAGUGGCACCUGACCCAGACUCAAGUCUAUGAUAAAUCAGAAGUACUAAGACCAGUCUACUUCUCAAUGCAAUAAAAUUUGUGGGCACUCUUCUGUGCGUGCCGUGCAAAGUUCCGUUAAUUUUCCAAAAUUCGCCAUUUUGACAUCAAAGCUGGAAUUGUAACGGUCCGCAUCUGAUCGACUAAUUUCCACAGCUUAAACGUUUCUAGUUAUCACUAAAUGUCAUUAGACCCUUUAAAUGUUGGACGUUUGAAAACAUCUGGAGAAAACUUAGUAAUCGCUUUUCCUUGGAUCUUUUUCUUGUCGACGAUGAACGUGACUUCAUUCUUUGUAUGCAAAUUAGCCUUAGUACGUUGUUUCAACCAAUUGACAGGAAAUAUAACCUUUCAUUUCACAUUUCUAAGGGGAAAAAUAACUCUCCUUUCCACAGAAAAACACAAACCAUGACUUAAAAUCCCAUUAAGGUCUGUUUUUUUUUUAACGAGGAGGAAGCAGCUGAGUAAUAUAUCAUGAGAUAUGUUUGCGUGGCUCAAAAUAAUUCAAUUAUUGUCGCCUGUCACGCAUUCCUAAAGAGGGGUGGUGGAUUAGAAAACAAUACCGUUGUGUUGAUCAAUUCUAUAAUAUUAUCAUCUUUUUUUAAAUGAUAGUUAUUGAUAAUAAAAAAUAAGAGUUCACUUGCAAGGUAAGUCCUCUUGUCAGCACACGAAAAUUUUUGGGCACUCUUUUUUGCGUGCGUUAAAAAAUAGCGUUAAAGUCGAAAGCUUUAGUAUGAUAUUCGCUUAUCAGGAGAAGAUAGAUCUUUGUACAUGGCACUAUGACAAAAAAAAAAAUGCCCCACACUUUUCCUAUCUUAAAUUAGCAGUAAAUUUCAGUUUCAUUCAAAGAUCUUUAAAGCGUUUAUCGUUAUCAGAAUGAAACGGGAAAAAUAGUGCCUUUUUUCAGUGAAUAAACGCAAAAGGGAGUAUCUUUUUAGUUUCUGUUAGGGUAUAACAUCCGAAUUCCAGCGAUGAUCUUGUUUUGGUUUCAAUCUGAUUGAAUUAUAACGCAACAGGUGCCAGUUUCAAAUAUUAUUAUGUCAAUAAAAUCGCCGAAGAGAUCAAUUGUGAAAAAUGGCUUUUUGGGCUAUUUCAUCGAGCAGUUCUUCCGCGAGAUUGUAGACAGAGUGAGGUCCCAGUAGGGGUGUGGAGGAAAAUGUGUUGGUCACACAGUGCAUGGAUGACAUUACGUCGCACUUAGCGAGCUGUCACUUGUCUAAGUGUAGCAAGUGUAGCAAAGACAAUGAAAAUGAACUCAUUUUAGCGAGAGGACGUAUUCGAGGCUUGGUUGGUAUUCGGAACUGAAAAUGACAAUCUGCCCAAGGCACAGACACUAAAUAGCCUGUGUACAGACCCCUCUCCCCUCAGGAAAAAUCGGAGAAGGGGCCCCUUCUCCGAGGAGGGGGGGGGGGGGGGGUGUAGUGUGUACACAGGCUAACACUUAAAUGACAAUCUGCCCAAGGCACAGACACCUGCUUGGCAGGUUUUUGCGGGCGCCAAGGUCUUGUUAGGCUCGAUCGUAAGCCGCUGCUCUGGAAAAUGAAACCCAACGGACGGGGAGACGGCGGAAAUCGAGCCUAAGGUCUUGUCAAUACCCCUGUCACACUCUGGAUUAUACUGGCAAAAUAACUUCUGUGGCAGGAAGACAUGUCGUAAAUUUCCAGAUAUAGCCAGCGAAAUAAGUCAAAGUUUUGUUCCAUUACGUAAGUAUCAUUCUUUUUUAUUUUUCAUGCAAAAAAUUUUCUUAACGUACAGAGAUAUUCUAAUUUCUCUAUUUAACAUUUUAUCUUGCGAUGUUUUCUAAAGUUCGUUUCCAGUUUAUUUGAGCUUGCAAGAUAGUUUUUGUUAUUUCUAUUUUUUUGACAGCCGUGUAUCUUGCGCUAAUCAAUUCUUACCUUUAAAAUACUAUACAUACCGGUUAAUCCGUGUGUUGUAAAAGAUAGUUUCUGAUGAUUGUUUGAAGAGCAUUAUAAAUGGGAAAAAAAGAACUUUCUACACGGAGUCAGGAUUCAACCUCAUCUCCAGGGCUUUCCCGCCCCUGCCAUUUUCUAAGAAGAAUGUCCUGGGGACGAGGCUAGGAGUGAUUGUGGUCGAGGUGUCGUUCACGUGUAUGAAAAGUAUUCCAUUCUUGCAAUAAAAACAAUUUUUUUGAACUUAAACAGUGUUUAAAACAUGUCUUUGGUUUUGUAAAAAUUAGUGAGACUUAAAAGUACCUUAGUGUUCAGCUCCUCCUGUCGCAAGAAACUUGAAAAAACUUGACGCCGAAGGGUCGAGAAGAGUACGAUUGAACAGUCAGCAACCAUGUCCACACAUUUGCCGGAGAGGUUUAUUGGACAAGAUUUCUCUGUUUUUCUUGUUUUGAUAACGUUUUCAUUAAGUCUUCAAAAAUGCCUCCAGAUUGCUGUUUUUUUUUUUGUAUUUAUACCCUUUUGAACAAUGUGCUCCAUCUCAUCUCUCCAUUUUUAACCUACUUUACCAUCCACGCUCUCUCCCCACUGUUCCACCCCUACUUUUACAAGCAUUUGUACUUAAGGGGGUGAAAUUUCUCCCGUGUAUAUUAAUUUCUGAAAAAUUAAGUCCGUCUACUUUUUCCUUAAAUUCUUAAACUUAGUUCUUUUUUCUUUAAAAACCGCCAAAGAUGCUGCUAAGGCUGCAAUAAGCGCACUCGCCCUUUUAUAUACUUCAUCUAGUGAAAUGCCCAUCCUUUCAUAUACCUGAAGCCUGAAAAAGAUACUCCUUUCGGGCGGAACCUCCCCGUAUAGGCCAUCAUAGUGAGUUCCCCCCACCCCCGCCCCAAUUCCGUGCUCACAUAUUCCCAGCCCAUGUUGGACUAAAAGGCCCGUUUGAGUCAACACGUAAACAUAGUCCUAAGUGUAUACAAGUUGAACUUGACCAUAGAGAUCUGUUGCAAGAAGACGAGGAGUUCGAAAGGGAAAACCUUGUUGCAGAAAUCGCUGAAGAAUUGAGACCACAACACCCUCAACCAGAAGCUUUCAAUCUAUGUGUAAUGUCAAAGGAAGAACAAUCUAGUCAUUUCAGCGUGGCAAUACUCAAAAAAUUAUGUGUCACUUUGAAAUACCAUUCAAAUCCAGGGAAAGAUCUUUCAUACAAGAUUGCACGUGCUUUUCUCCACCAGCUCAGGAGUGAACAUAGGGAUCCUUAAUUUAGUGUGAUUAACAGCCGGCAAAAACUUUUGGGAUUAAUUUGACAGGAGACGGACUGCAAACAAUAACUAUGCCUUUUUCUGCAUGCCAUUCCUCAUUUUUACUGAAAUGUUGUUAAUUGGCGAUAAACACAAUGCUCUGUUAAUACCACCCUAAAGUUUGUAGGGUAGCCUAUAGUUAGCUAGGGAUCUAGGAAAUGUGGGGCCUAGAGGACUUUGCAGCUGUGGUCGUGUGGUGUCGCACGGUGUUUCUGAAGUUGUUUGCGAGCUAUUUCGAAAAUAUUAAUUGUUAAUUCUGUAACUGAAAAUAUUGUGCUGGUGCUCGUGAAUAAGGGUGGUCGUGUCCAAGUGACUACUUUGUAGCUAAUUGUCGUGUAUUACUCCAUGCUGUCCAAACCCUAUCCUCACGGUGGCGCCCGGGGAUACUGACUCAGUUAAAACGGUCGUAGAAUGAAUAAAUACAACAGCACGGUAUUUCCCACCCAGCAAAGAAUCGGAAGUAACAGUGAUUAAAUUGUAUGAUUAUCAAUAACUAUCACUUCCAAAAAAAAUUUAAUCAGAUAAAAGAACUGAUCGAUAUAUACACGGCCACUCUCUGGGAAUGCGUGACGGGCCAAAGUAAUUAAAUUAUUUAAUUCGCGUAAACAUAUCUUCUUCUACUGCUUCUUCCCUUAAAAGAAACAGACCUAAGGGGAUUCUAAGUCAUAUAUCGUUCGUGUUUUUCCGUGGAAAGAAGAGAUAUUUUUCCCUGAAAAAUGUGAAAUAUAAGCAGUUAUGUUUCCUGUCAAUUUGUUGAAACGACGCAUCUAUGGCUAAUUUGCAUACGGAGAAUGAAGUCGCGUUCUCGUCGACAAGGAAAAAAAACAAGAAAAAGCGAUUACCAAGUUUUCUCCUCAUGUUUUCAAAAGUCCAACAUUUAAAGGGUCUAAUGACAUUUGGUGAUAACUAGAAACGUUAAAACUGUGGAAAUUAGUCGAUCACUGAUGCGGACCGUUACAAUUCCCGCUUUGCUGUCAAAAUGGCGAAUUUUGUAACAUUAACGGAACUUUGUACACCGCGCAGAGAAGAGUGCCCACAAAUUUUGUUGCAUUGAGAAGUAGACUGGUCUUAGUACUUCUGAUUUAUCAUAGACUUGAGUCUGGGUCAGGUGCCACUUUUACGAAAUUACCGUUCAGCUCUAGUUAUGCAAAUUACUUUUCCUGCGGAGCAAAUUAAAGGUCAUUUUAAAAAAAUCAUAUCUCAGCCAACUUUCCACAGAAUGCAACCAUUAAACCUUGAAACUAUUAAUCAGAGUUAAAACUUUUGUGUGUAAAAUAAUCAGUUUAUUCGGCUAUGUAAGGUAGGUUUGACAGAGCCCUAAAGUUUCACCAAAAUCGCACCACGUCCGACGGCAAACUGGCUAGUUUUAGGUGACCGAGAAAAUCUUCCUCUAAAAUAGAGAAAAACUUGAGUUGGUCCAAAUAAAUGUGAUAUUUCUUCAUGUGAUAGGAUAGUUAUCUUCCACUAAAAAAAUCAGGGAAAUCCGUGAUGGACCGAAAUUUGCCUUAUCGGUUCUUACGCGGACAGCCUCUUAAGAUUUUUAUUGUCUAAUUUAGUAUGUAUGUUUUUUUCUUGUUUCGGUAAAAGCAACUUAGGGACUCCCUUGCUCUGUUAUAAAUAUGGCGUUAAAUAAUAAUAUUUUUAGCCCCGCUCUUAAACAGUAGUUUGUACUGUAAAUAUUGUUUGACUGAGCCAUCAAAUAUGGCAGUGGAGUAAUUCUUUUAGAAAAAAAGAUCAUUUUCUUAGUUUCCAAGGUUAUUUAACAAGAUUAAAUCUCUCUUCAGUUAGCAACUCUGCUUGUCUCCAACUGAAAAUUUUACUCUGUUUUGUUUGGCUCAAAGUUUUUUUGGUGCCGAAGAACAUCUAUAGAUAGUCUGAAAUCUAACAUGCUUGCCUUGCAUGGGAGAUGGAGGCCACAACGGGAUGGAUUCUUGGAUUUAGUUAUUGAUUUACUCUAUUGUUUCAUUAGGAUUUGUCACCUCCUUGCAAAGCUUCUACAUCACAGGAAGGCCAAGGAAACAGUUCGAGCUCCCCUUCCAGCAAAGAAUCGAGAGGUAUCUCCUUAAAAGGUCAGUUAAAAUAUAUUGUAUGUCUUCAUCUGUUAUAUUUAUAGACUCAAGAUAUAUAUCCUUAAAAAGUAUGAUAUGCCGGAUUACUUAGUAGAAAGACGCCUUGACACUCAUGAAAUGUGAAAGCACUUUUCAAACAAAACAUAUGUAGGAAACGUCAUGAACGGUCGCAACUCCGUUUUGACAGAAAUGGGUCAAUUAGAACGAUGACUAAUAUCAAAAAUCUUACUAGAGAGGUUGGCUUUAAGAGAAAUAAUUGUGUCUGAAACAAGUCAAAUACUUCAAAUAUUUGCUGCUCAAGAACAGAAGUGCCGAGAAAAGGCUCCAUGUUUUCGCUGCGUAUUUCAUAAUUUAUGAGUUCUGUUUCACCUGCUUCAGGGUAGAGUAUAAAAGAUCAUACAUUUUUCAAAGUUCUUCCAGUGAAACAAUAAUUGAUAUUUAGAUAUGGACUUUAAUUGGGAAGUAUGCGGUCUGUAAAUUGUGGUUUUAGAAGUUUAAAAGGCAGCUUAUUUUUUUUGAAAGCUGUAGUAACUUAUAAUCCUGUAAACAAGCUUUAUUCUCUCGCUUACAAAGUUCAACAGACCUUUUUCGUUCCGGAAAAAAAAAACAUUAAUUAAGUGAACAACAUGUUACAUGCUUGCUGCUUAAGAGUCAUUAUAGUUAUUGAAAAGUAUUUUAUAUAUUAAAGAUGCGUAAUUAAAGUAGAAAUACUAAUGUUAGAGAUCAAUUGGAAGAAGCUAGUUGACAAAAUAAUUAGAUAUUUUUUCAUGGAGCGGAAUAAAAUAAUAUGAGUAGAAAUAUAUUUGGGCAGUUUGAUAAUUUUCUUGGAAGUAAAUAAAUGUUAGGCUAUCAACCUUAACGUUGCAUGAAGCAUAAUUUAAGUGCAGAUAUUGUAAAGCCGAGGUUAUUUCUUAAAAUCGUUUUGAGCAAGUUUUCUACUAAACAAUUUGCGUAUUUUUUACAUACGAAUUGUAAAAGGGACAAAGUCCAACAUCUUCAAGUGCAAUUUGUGUGCUUGAGUUAUUUUUAUAAUCCUGCUUACUGGAUUACUGUGAUAACUCGAAUUCCCUAACAUUAAUGUACAGCAAUACCCAAUUUCGCCCCAAAAAUAGUCUAAAUUUAGGAUUUUAACAGUAGAUUGUUGAUACGGUUAUAAUGAAGCAUUCAAAAUAGCUCAUGCAUGUUAAACGUGCCUUUGUUUUACUUCCUCGAUGAUGGCCUUGUUUAUUAAAAGCUGGUCUUUGCUGCCAUAGCUCCCUCUUCGACAGCCCUGGCUUUUGUUCUAUGGGUAGCAGGUUGUUUUCAUCAAGAUGUCUGCUGGUAAACUCUCUCAGUGAUGAUGGAUGUUAAUAUCUUAUAGGUUGUAGGAAGGCAUGUGAUGGGGGGGAUAGUGUUUAGGAUUUUUGGAGUCUUCUGUUUUGGAAAGCAGAUAGGUGAUACCAGUUGUUAGCCAGUCAGGACAGGUUUCAGGGUUGCUGAGACAUUCAUUGUAAGCAUUUGUCAGGUCUUGGUGUAAGGAAGGCAAGUUCUUGAUCCAGAAGUUUGCUAUCCCGUCCUUACCAGAGGCUUUUCAGUUACUUGCUUUCUUAAUUGCUGUUUUUGUUUCUUCUAGGGUUAUUUGAGGCCAUAUUUGAUGAUUGAUUUCAAUAUUCUCAUUUUCUAUCUGGGCGAGCCAGUCAGCGUUUUUGUUGUAGCUCUUUUGUUUUUCCCAGAUGGUUCCCCAGGUCCCCAGAAGCUCUCUACUUCAUCAAUUUUUGGUUUCCUUAAUCUCAAAGGACUUUUCCCCAGUUCUCUAUAUAAUUUCUUUGCGUUUUCUCGGUAAGUUUUUUCUGGUAGAAAAACUUCUUUCUCUUUUCAAAUCUCUUGAUUCGUUGGGCUUUAGGUUGUAGUUGUUGUUUCAGUUUUUCAGUGAUUGUUGGUAUUUGUUUUCUUGUUUAAUGUUAUGCUUGCUAAACAGUGUCUUUUUUCGUUUUUCUUUGACAGGCUUUUCGUGCUUUAUCUCAUUCAACGUAGAUACGUCACCCCUGAUUUUGCAUAUUUCACCUUCAAUUUUCUUUUAACAUUUUGGUUGGUUAGGUUUUCUCAGCUUGUUGUUCCUUUUUGUUUUUUUGCCCAGUGAUUCUUUAACUGUAGUGGAAGUUGCAUACACAAGUUGGUUGAUGUCUGUGAGAGAAAUUGGUCUUUUAUCUGGUUGAUAGCUUAAUAUGGCUUUGUUUGCUGUUUCAAUGGCUGAGUUUGCGUGUCACUCAUUUUUUAUUUUUGGAAAUGGAGACCUCUGACUUAUUGGGGUUUCCUUGGCUAUUUUAUAUCUCUGACGAAUACUUUCUUCAAUGAUGCCCACAGUCUCAUCUUGUGUAUCGAUGCUCAGUGGUUCUUGCACAUCAGAUUCACUAUUUUUGUCAAUUUCUUGAUUGUUAUUUGCAUUUUGUUCCUCUGGCACUGCAUUCGCAUCCCUCGUAUAAGGUGUAGUAUUUUCAACUCUCUGCUUCACACUUAGCUGGAUGGCAGGCAGCUUCAUUUUGGUUAGUCUUUCUCUACUGACCAUGUCACGACGGACAUUUGCCAGUUUGUUGACAUUUAAGUUAAGCUUCUUGGUGGGGUUAUUGGCACACCACUUGUAGGUAGGUGCCUUGAGUAAUAGCGGGAAGCAGUUUAUUGAAAGCUUCCAUGUCUCCUUUGUACUCUUCCCUAGACCAUUUUUGUCUACUGGGUUUAGAAGAAUUGUGCGAUUGUGCCGCAUGAGGGCCAAUUGAGGGGUGCCCUCAGUGAGGAAAUCCUCAGGUGCAUGAUGGGAAGAGUUUGUGCCAGUAGUGGAUUUUUCAACCUCAACCUGGUUCCCUACUGGGGGACGCGGCCCUUGUUUACCCACGCGACCACCGAUGCGGUAUGAGAAUGUUUUAUCACGACUUGCCAUGUUUUAUCAUUAGUUGAGGUUGAAGUCUGGGGUGAUACCUUUGGCAAGUGUUUGCAACCCCUAAGCCACCCCGUUAGGGUUACAACAUAGGGGAAGGAGAGGCUCCUUAGUAUUAGUUGACAGCCCACCUAUGAGAAGGAAACUCUGAAUAAAAACCAAUCUCAACUGAUGAUAAAACAUGUCAAGUCGUGGUAAAACAUUGAGAUAUGUCCAAGUUUGCACGCAGUAGCAAAAAAUUGCGAAAAAAUGGAGAAAUCGCAGUUUUUGCUAAAACUACUAAAUUCAAGUGGUAAAGGAGGUAGCAAAAACUGUGAUUUCUGCAGUUUCUGCGAUUUCUCCAAAAAUUGCGCAAAAUUGGAUAAAUCGCAGUUUUUGCUAAAAUUACUAAAUGUUACUAGGUAUACCUAUCGAUAGAGUGCCAACGAGCAAAUCAUGCGUAUUUUGCUUAGGAAUAAAAUUCCUUUUUUUUUCCCAUUUGACCGUUUCUUGGUCCCUUCCUGUUGUAACACUGUGUGAGGUUCCGGGGGAGAGUCAGUUCUCAGAUUCAGUGUGGUGGCUUAACAAACCUGCUUUGUAAAAGUGUGAAGUGUCUUGAAAGAAUAAAAUCAGCUUUGCAGAGGAAGCGAUCGGGAAUAUUAUUAAGUCCAGCUACAAAUCUACUGUCGGUUCGGUUUCACAUUGAAGAUAAAUAUAUUUGCACAGUUUUUAAAUCAUUUAAACCUCCUUUCAAAUUUCCCGAGCCUUUUUGUUAUCCGAUUGAAACUUAGAAUGAUUCGCUGGGCCAUCUGAAAUGUUUCCUAGGACAUGCGAUGAACGGCACGUCGGUAUUUUGGUUCAUUUUUUUUAUACUGAACUCGGCCAGGUUUCGAAAAAAAUUGUUUUCUUUUCCUUUGUCGUUCGCUUUAGGCUUGUAAGUCGUUUUUGUUCUCAUUUUUUUGUUUGCUGGUUAGAUUUUUUCCCCAACACCAGAUUUUCCAACAGAAGCGACUGUAUUCUUCGUGUCACGCUUUCCUUAUCUUCUCGUGUAAUCUGAUCCUUUUUAGUGGUGAGAAUAUUGCUUGUUGCACAUAGAACACUUCUGCUGUUUUACAAACUUCUCUUUCGUUAAAACUUAACAUUAUGGCCCCUAAAAUUAAUAGAAUAUAUCAAGUGCUCAUGAUUCUUGACUGCAGUGGCCAGGUUUGACGAAUAAAUUUAGGUAAAUAAACACAGGAAGUCGCAACGGCGGGAAUUGAGCCCGUGCGCCAGGUACUGCCUUUUGAUUGGUUCACAACUGACCACUUGGUGUCAGGGGAAUCUAGAUUACAUCAGGUUACUGGUUACAAAUUUACGGGUUACACUUUUUUCAGCUCGAUCGAGAAUUUUUUUGCCUAUUGCCCAGUCUUGCGCGGCUCUAUUCUGCUGCCGCCUCGCCAUCCGAGCGUCUUUGCUCGGAUGGCUCGUUGGCAAUAAAACCUGGACAUAAGUGUGGUGGGCGGGGGCACCACAUCCCUGUGGUAGGCUGAGGCUCCAACCUGUCCUACCCCAGUGCCAAUUUUAUUAGUGUUGUUGUUGUUGUUGUUGUUAUUAUUAUUAUUACUGUCAUAUGAUAUACUAGUGUAAUUGCGAGUGAUUUUCUCUCUCAACAUCCGAGUCCAAACCAUGGACUUUAAGAGGCAAAGAGGGUUUCUCCUUGAUGGAGAGGACCCGCCUGAGAAGGUGGACUGUAGAAAGAAGAGUUAUUUUCUGGAGUUCAUGUAUAUUGAUGUUGUCAGGGAUUUUGUUGGUGUAGUUUUGCCCCCACAUUCGCUCAACCUCGAUUUCCAAGUCUUUGUAUUUGUUAAGCUUUUCGGUGGUUUUGACUGAGGUGUUGGUGUCGAGGGGUAUAGAAAUUUUAGAAUUUUGCCUGUAUAAUCACAAUUUUUGUUCAUUUUCUCGGACUUUCACGAAAAAGUUUCUUUGGUGUUACUACAGAUGAUUUAUUAGAUCUUUAACCCUUGAAAAAUGUAAAAAAGAAUGCAAUACGCUUCAAAUUAUUCUGGUACAAGAUUUUUGUCCACUGAAAAUUAAAAUUACUCAAUGUCCUGAUGGAUUCUGUCUUAACGUCUUAUUUCAUCAGUUUCUAGUAAUCUUUACUGAUAUUUGGAUAGGACGGACAGGGUACUUUCCUGUUUUUGGUAAUGAUGCGUGGUCUCCUUUCAAGUUUUACUUCUAAUUCAGUCAGCUCACAACUUACCCAAGGUCUACCGUUUUCUUGUUCCCUAAUGUUCUUUUUCCGAACAUUACAAAAAGUUUUUCUAAUGUUCGCGUAUGUGAUGAGGAUGUAUUUCCCUAGGGCCAAAAGGCAAAUUUACUUUGGCAAGAUAACUGCUUUCUUCUCCUGCGUUGUCCGCUCAUAUCUGAGCUGCACUAAAACUACGGGCCUUUUUUAUCGUUUUUCAGGAAUUUUUGAAUCAGUUGCAAGCGCCUCUCUUCUUGAAGACCUUCCAUCCGUCUCGGAUUUAGACGCCAUCAAAACUGAGGGAGAACAGACCUUACCUACAGAUGCAGUGCUGUCCAAAUUUUCUGAGGUACAUAUAAAAGAAAUCUCUGAAAAGUAACAACGCAGCUUGUUCACAACAGCGAUCUUUGAAAGUUAUAUGAAUGCUUUUUACAACUAUAACAAGUGGUACACUUCUUAGUUGGGUUGUUUUUGAAAAAGACUCAUCACUUAUCGUUUGUCUAAUUGAUAAUCAAUUUGUUAUUGAUCGCGACAUGAAGACCCAUAAAAUGUAGCACUGACUACAUUUACCGACUGUGGACUGAGAUUUCUAGUGACUGGAAUCUGUCUAUUGUUGUUGUUAGUCGUAUGUAGAUAGUCGCUUUUACCCUACUAGAGUACCAGUGAUGAUCUCGGUCAAUACUGUCGUAAAAAUGUAUUUUUUAAUGACUUUGUUUUGAAUUCUUUAUUACCAGUGCGAAGGUUUUUCAGAAGGGACCCAUAAUCCCAGAGCACCCAAUAGCUACUGUUGAGUUGCAUAACAGGUGUAUUAUGUUAGAUUUUAUGAAGUUUGCUGUUUUCUCAAGCGCCCGGGCAAUCAAAUGUGGCAGUGGAGUAAUUCGUUUGGAAAAAAGAUUAUUUUCCUUACUUUCCAAGGUUAUUCAACGAGAUAAAAUCUCUCUUCAGUUAACAACUCUGCUGGUCUCCAACUGAAAAUUUUACUGUGUAAUGUUUGGCUCAAAGUUUUUUUGGUGCCGAAGAACAUCUAUAAAUAGUCUGAAAAUCUAAGAUGCUGGCCUUGAAUGGGAGGUAGAGGCCAGUUAUUGACUUUACUCUAUUCUCUCUUUAGGAUUUGCCACCUCCGUGUACAUCUUCUACAUCACAGGAAGGCCAAGGAAACAGUAACAAACUGAGAAUAACUCUGUUAAGCAGUGAAUGGAGAUCAACGGAAAGAGCAUUGUCAACCAUCAACCGAGAGCUGGCCAUUCAGUUGGCAAAACACCCCAGCGUGGAGGUUAGUGUUUAUCUCCCUCAGUGCAGUAAAGAGGAUAAACAAGUCGCUGCUAGUCACAAUGUUACUCUCAUCGAAGCAGAAGAAUUGCUUGGUUUAGAACCCGAUCUCUGGUUGUCUUGUCUGCCAGAAGACCAUGCUGUGGACUGUGUGAUAGGACAUGGGGCCAUUCUCGGUCGGCAAGCACAGAUUAUAAAAUGGUAUCGUCAUUGCAGCUGGUUUCAGGUCGUUCAUACAGCUCCUCAAGCACUUGAAAUGUACAAAGGAUAUGAAAAACGCAGUUCCAAGGGUGAGAGGAAGCACCAAGUGGAGGUUGAACUCUGUAAAUUGGCUGAUCAAGUUGUAGCUGUUGGUCCCAAGCUAGCUGAAGCUCUGUCAGGUUAUCUUCGUUCCUGUGGAAAGGAUCAAGAUGUUCUUAAUCUUACCCCAGGCAUUUUCUCUGAAUUUUUUUAUGUAAAGCAAGCCACUGAGGAGAGAAAAACAUUCAGUGUUUUAGUGUUUGGACGUGAUGACAAUGAAGACUUUCAGUUGAAAGGUUACGACAUCGCUGCUCGCGCUAUUGCUGAGUUGAAAGACGAGCCACAGCCCUAUAAGCUCUUGUUUGUUGGAGCUCCAAGUGGCGAAGAGGAGAAAGUAAAAGAUUUUUUGCUUAAGCAAGGCGUUGAUCGCAGUCAGUUAACUGUGCGUUGUUUUAAUGAAAGUAGAGAGCAGCUUGCCCAGUUGUUUUACGCGGUAGAUCUUGCUAUAUUGCCAUCACGAACUGAGGGAUUCGGACUGGCAGCCCUUGAGGCUUUAUCUGCUGGUCUGCCUGUGCUGGUCAGCGGAAAGUCAGGUUUUGGAGAAGCUUUGAAGAAAGUUCCACGUGGUUCAAGUUGCGUUGUGGAGUCAGAAGAUCCUAAAGACUGGGCCCACGCAAUCAAAGCUAUUCAUCAGGAAGACAUGGAGAUGCGACUUGGGAAGUAUAAAGUUGUACGGAGAACAUAUUCAGAGAUGUACAGCUGGAAGGAACAGUGUGAUAAAAUUUUUGAAAGGAUUAUCGUCUUAAGAGGUCAGUGAAAAAAUAUUGUAUUGCUUCAUCUGUUGUAUUUAUAGACUCGAGAAAUACAUCCCUUAAAGGUAUGAUAUACCUGAUUUACUUAGUAAAAGGACGCUUUGACACUCAUAAAAUUUGAAAGUAUUUUUCAAACAAAACAUAUUUAUGAAAAGUCAUGAACAGUCGCAUCUCCGUUUUGACAGAAAUGGGCACAUUAGAACGAUGACCGAACAAAAAUGUGUCUGAAACAAGUCAAAUACUUCAAAUGAUACAAGUACCGAGAAAAGGCUACAUGUUUUCGCUCGAAUUGAGGCGAAUUGAAAGAAGACGAGAAUAACUGGUCCCAAAUAUAAUAACCUAGGUAUAUACUCGUGACGUAAUCCCUUGUUCUAAUGUUGUUAAUUGAUUUAAUUGUAGGCGCCGGCGCAGCAAAGACAGCGAAGAGAUCCAGGUCUUCGAGAAAGGGCAGAAGUGCUGUUCCCGCUCCAAAACAACCGAAACUGUUGAAAGAAGAAGGUAAAGUUCGUUUCUGGGUUAUAUAUGAGAGAGUUUAGGAUGGUCAUUUGUCAUCGGUCUCGUGUCUCUAAAAUGCGGCUUCACAAGUUGUAUAGCUUACGAAAUGAGAGUGUGACAGUGGGCGCUUUCCAUUUAGUAACAAAA